ACUGUUUCUUCAUAAAAGGAUUGCUAAAGAUCCCCCCUUUUUGAUUCUGUACACUCUAUUUAUAUUCCCCCUUAGAUCUCUCUUGUUAUUUUCACACAAUUUUCAAAUUUUCCCUCGAAAUAAUCCAUGGAAAACUGUUUCUUCGAUACUCUCAAGUCUCAACCUUUCUGGGUCAUUUUCCUUUUCACUUUGGGUUCUUUAUCAAUCUUCAAAUUCUCAUUUGUUUUCCUCAAAUGGGUCUGGGUCAAUUUCCUCAGACCCGGUAAAAACCUCAAGAAAUACGGCUCAUGGGGUCUUGUUACCGGUCCAACCGACGGUAUAGGCAAAGGUUUCGCCUUUCAGCUGGCGAAGAAAGGGCUUAAUCUCGUCUUGGUGGGCCGUAAUCCUGAUAAACUCAUAGAUGUGUCCGAUUCGAUCUUGGCCAAGCAUGGCACGAUUCAGAUCAAGACCGUGGUCGUGGACUUCACUGGCAAUCUCGAUGAAGGUGUGAAGAAGAUUAAAGAAACAAUUAAAGGGUUGGAUGUUGGUGUUUUGAUCAACAAUGUUGGCAUUUCGUAUCCUUAUGCUCGAUUCUUCCACGAGGUUGACGAGGAGUUGUUGAGGAAUUUGAUUAAGGUUAAUGUUGAAGGCACCACAAAGGUUACUCAAGCUGUUUUGCCUGGGAUGGUGAAGAGAAAGAAAGGUGCUAUUGUGAAUAUUGGUUCUGGUGCUGCCAUUGUUAUACCUUCUGAUCCACUAUAUGCUGUUUAUGCUGCUACUAAGGCGUAUAUUGAUCAAUUCUCUAGGUGCCUUUAUGUUGAAUACAAGAACAGUGGGAUUGAUGUUCAGUGCCAGGUUCCGUUAUACGUGGCAACGAAAAUGGCAUCAAUCAGAAGAUCUUCUUUCUUUGUUCCGUCAACAGAUGGUUAUGCUCGUGCAGCCAUGCGCUGGAUAGGCUAUGAACCUCGUUGCACACCCUACUGGCCCCAUUCCAUCCUCUGGGGCUUGGCUUAUUCACUGCCGGAGAGCAUGGUCGAUGCAUGGCGUUUGCACUUUUGUCUUGGCAUUAGAAAGAGGGGACAACUCAAAGAUUCUAGGAAGAAUGAAUGAAAACAACUAGUUGACUCUGGUAUGUUUUCCUGUUGAUGUAGUUCAAAGAUCAUUGGGAUCAACGUGCAUUAGGCUCCUUUCAAUCUUUUGAGAUGUACCAUUUUCUGUUCCUUCUGGCAUUGUGACACUUCCAUUAUGUAUUAGGACAUGAUUUGGUGGAGGAUAGGGAUGAAGUUAUAGAUAUCUAUGAACCCAUUUCUGCAUGCUCUGCUUUCUAAACUAUGAGAAAUUGAAAUUUCUAGGGAUACAA